AAUUUUUUGAUUGGGUAACCCUAAAAUUCUGCUUGUCAUUUCCCUCUGACAUCCUGACCUUCCGCUACAGCAGUUACAGCUAAUUGGUGUAAAAAACACAACUUCAGCAAUUCAGCAAAAGAAGCAAAAAGUUUCUCCUCAAAAGUUAAUUCUAGAGAGAGAAAGUGAUAAAAUGUCUGGCAUUCAAUUCCAUUCAUCGAUUUCUCAUGCUGCUCUCCGGGAGUGGGCAGAAAGUGGAACGGAAAUAGGACCGGCAAAUCUCAUGUAUCCCAUAUUUGUUGUGGAGAAUGAUGAUGCCGUCGAGGAGAUUCCCAGCAUGCCGGGUGUCAAGAGAUACGGUGGGAAUAUUCUGCUGGAUGUCCUAGCACCACUCGUGGCGAAAGGAUUGAAAUCAAUUUUACUCUUUGGGGUGAUUGAUAAACUUCCAAAGGAUUCAACGGGAUCUUCAGCAGACUCAUCUCAGAAUCCCAUCAUUCGUCUUUUACCUCGUAUUCGUUCACGAUUCCCGGAUCUCUUGGUGACGUGUGAUGUAUGCUUGUGCCCGUACACAGAUCACGGUCACUGUGGGAUUCUCCGAGAAGAUGGGACAAUUGAGAAUGAAGCCAGUAUUGAACGUCUGGCAAAAAUAAGUCUAGCCUACGCAAAGGCAGGUGCUAAUGUUGUUGCCCCAUCGGACAUGAUGGAUAAUAGGAUUCGCGCCAUAAAGGACAUCCUGAGACGUGAAGGUCUACAAGAAAAGGUUUCUGUCCUGUCGUACGCUGUAAAGUUUGCAUCUGGAUUCUAUGGGCCCUUCCGGGAUGCUGCUAAAUCAGCUCCUGCCUUUGGAGAUCGAAGUUGCUACCAAUUGCCUCCAGGAUCGAGGGGUUUAGCCUCCCGUGCAGCAGCGAGAGAUGUGGAAGAAGGGGCUGAUAUGCUAAUGGUGAAACCAGGAUUAGCGUAUCUGGACAUUAUUCGCGACACUAAGAAUCAAUUCCCCAAUCAUCCACUGUUUGUCUACCAAGUGAGCGGUGAAUACGCCAUGAUUCACUGGGCAGCAGAAAAAGGAGCUCUAGAUUUGCGUCGGGCCCUAUUUGAGGUUCUAAAAUCCUUCCGAAGGGCGGGGGCGGAUGUGAUCAUUACCUACUUUGUUCCCCGGAUUCUCGAGGAAAUCUCCAAAAAAUAGCAUAUUGAAUUAGGGUUGUACCAAAAAUUUGGGACCAUACCUUCAUGUGGUGUAUUCUUCAUGUGCUUCCUGGUCAUUGCAUGUUUGGAGAGGUCAAUAAAACGCGGGCAAAGUC